AUGGCCACCGAAUCCGUUUCCAAGAAGCCGCGUAUUGAUUCUCCCACCAUUGGGACGCACAACGGUCACUUUCACGCCGACGAAGCCUUGGCCGUGUAUCUCCUCCGGCUCCUCCCAGCCUACUCACAAUCGCCCCUCAUCCGCACGCGCGACCCCGCCCUACUCCAAACCUGCCACACCGUCGUCGACGUUGGCGGUGAAUACGAUGCCGCCACAAAUCGCUACGACCACCACCAGCGCACCUUCAACUCCACAUUUCCCGGAUACAAGACGAAACUGUCCUCGGCGGGACUUGUGUAUCUGCACUUCGGGCAGAGCAUCAUCGCGAACCACGCUUCCCUCCCCGCAGACCACAGCAACGUCAGCCUGAUCUUCAACAAGCUCUAUGCGGACUUCAUUGAGGCGAUUGACGCAAAUGAUAAUGGCAUUGGCGUUUACGAUCCCGAGAAGCUCUCUGAGGCUGGUAUCGAGAAGAGGUUUAAGGAUGGGGGUGUUACAAUUGCGAGUAUCGUCAAUGACAUGAAUACGCCUUCCCCCGAGGACGAGGCGGCCGGUAUCGAUGAAGAUGGGCUCUUCAACCAGGCCAGCCAGUUCGUCGGGUCUGUCUUCAGCCGUAAGUUGCGGCAUGCCGUGAACUCCUGGCUCCCUGCGCGUGAAACCGUGCAAGCCGCCUACACCGACCGGAAGAACGUGCACGCCAGCGGGAAGAUCAUGGUUCUGCCUCAAGGCGGCGUGCCCUGGAAGGAGCACCUGUACAACUUUGAGAAGGAGGCAAAGGCGGCUAAUAUUAACGGCAAUGCGGAGGACGCCGAGGUUGUGUAUGUGCUGUACCCAGAGAGCGCGGCCGAAGGGUCCAAGUGGCGUGUGCAGGCUGUUUCCGUGAAUGAGGGGAGCUUCGUCUCGCGCAAGCCUUUGCCCGAGAAGUGGCGGGGUGUCAGGGAUGCAGAUCUCGAUGGAGUUCUUGCUGGUGAAGGGGCGGGUAUCCCAGAGGGGGCGGUGUUUGUGCAUGCGAGUGGAUUCAUCGGCGGCCAUAAGACCAGGGAGGGGGCAUUUGCUAUGGCUGCUAAGGCUCUGGAAUAG